AUGAGUCAAUUUUUGCCAGUUAGUAAGGGAUUUAAUCCGCGCAAAUCUCACCCUUUUUCAUCCAACAGAUUCAAGCGCCGGUGCCCCUCACAAUACUUCUACAUACCAAUUGAGUGUCCAUUAGGCAGAAAUUGCGAAGAUGGUCUAUGUGCUCUGUCUCAUAGCAAACUUGAAGUGAUAUUUCACCCAGUGCUCCACAGAACUAAAAGAUGUGGGAUGGCCGUGUUAAAUAUAUGCGUUUUUUCUCAAAGAUGUGCCUUCUUCCACAAUUCUAGAGAAAGAAUCUCAUCACAUCUUGUCUGGCUAAAUUGGCACUGGAAUUGGUCUCUGUGGGAUAGUGAUCCGAAAUCUUUUUCUCAGAGAUUCAACCUAGAUAUAGAUAUAUCAAAUAAAUUUUUCAUAAUGUUACAAAAUAGAAUACAAUUACACUACAUAUUAAAUAAACAAGAAAACAGUCAGAACAACCAGCUAAACCAUGAGGGUAGUGACACUUACUACCCUACCUAUGUCAAAGAGGCCAUAGCAUACAAUGCCGGAGAUGAUGCAAAGAUGAUGAAUUUAGAAAAGAGGUUGGAUGCGAUCUUGGAAUUAUGCACAACUCCCGAGACAACAGCUAGUUCUUUGACUCCGAAAAUAAAACAAUAUUUGGAACUAACACCUUACAACAAUGAAAUGCAAAACAGCAACCACAAUGAUUUUGAAUUCUAUAAUGACAAUUUAAAUCAAUUAAUAAAGUAG